UAUAUAGGCUUAGCCUCUCAACAUUUAUCCUCAAGCACUUGUCUCCUGAGGAGAAAAUUCUUGCAGGCUUUAAUCUCCCCGUAUAAACAGUCCUUCCAUAUACUCAAAUUCAUUUCCAACCCAUUUCUCUUAAUUUGCACAAUUCAGUAAUGGGGAACGGUACCUCAGCUACAAAAGAGGCAUUACCCAUUGCUACCCCUUUCAAGCUUCCUUCUCCACUGCCAUCUUUACCACAAGGUGAAGGCUUUGGGAAUGGAAUCAUUAAUCUGGGGAGUGGAUUACAGGUGUGUCAGGUAGUCUCUCUUAACAAGAUUUGGGCUACAAAUGAAGGUGGACCUGAUAACCUUGGAGCUACCUUCUUUGAGCCAUCACAGAUGCCACAAGGCUUCUCUAUGCUGGGUUGCUACAGCCAGCCCAACAACAGGAUGCUACACGGGUGGGUUCUUGCAGGUAAAGAUGAGACAGGUGAAGCCUUGACGAAACCAGUAGAUUACACUCUUGUUUGGAGCAGUGAAUCUUUGCAGAUCAAGCAAGAGGGUGUUGGCUACAUUUGGCUACCUACUCCUCUUGACGGUUACAAAGCUCUAGGCUGUGUAGUCACCACCUCCCCUGAAAAGCCUUCCCUGGAAAAAGUCCGUUGUGUUCGGUCUGACCUUACCGACGACUGUCAGAUUGACAAAUGGAUAUGGGGACAGGGCAAGGAAAGCGAUCCAAAUGGUUUCAAUGUUUUCAGCCUGCGGCCAAGCAACAGAGGAACUCAAGCUAUGGGUGUCUCUGUUGGCACAUUUGUAGCCCAAAAUACUACCAGUGCUUCUAUUUCUCUAGCAUGUUUGAAGAAUAUUGAGUCGAAUUUGUCUUGUAUGCCUACUCUGGACCAAGUCCAAGCAAUAUUCCAGGCCUACUCUCCUCGGAUAUAUUUCCAUCCUGAUGAAGAAUACCUUCCUUCCUCGGCAAGAUGGUAUUUCACCAACGGAGCACUACUAUAUAAGAAAGAUGAAGAGUCCAAACCUGUCCCAAUCGAAUCGACCGGCUCAAACCUUCCUCAAGGUGGCUCCAAUGAUGGUUCUUAUUGGCUGGAUCUACCUGUGGAGGAAGCAGCAAGAGAAAGAGUGAAGAGAGGAGAUUUACAAGAUUGCCAAGUCUAUCUACACAUAAAGCCAAUGCUCGGGGCCACAUUUACUGAUAUCGUUGCGUGGCUUUUCUACCCUUUCAACGGUCCUGGCAGGGCUAAGGUUGAGUUGAUCACCGUUCCACUAGGAAAAACAGGACAGCAUGUUGGUGACUGGGAGCAUGUCACGUUGAGGAUUAGUAAUUUCAAUGGACAGCUAUGUGGUAUCUAUUUGUCGGCACACAGCGGCGGGACAUGGUAUGAUGCUUCAGAGCUUGAGUUUCAAGACGGAAACAAGGCUGUCAUCUAUUCAUCGUUAAAUGGCCAUGCGAUGUAUGCCAAGCCAGGUCUAGUCUUACAAGGGAGUGGGAAUAUAGGAAUCAGGAACGACACUGCCAAGAGUAAUAAAUUCAUAGACACCGGAGCACGAUUUUCAGUGGUGUCAGCUGAGUAUAUGGGCUCGAGUGUCAUUGAACCACCAUGGCUCAACUAUUUGAGGAAAUGGGGUCCAAAUAUCACUUAUGAUCUUGCCGAAGAAGCCGAGACGGUGGAGAAACUAUUGCCUGGAAAUCUCAAAUCUGCUUUUGACAAGUUUGUGAAGAGCCUGCCGAAAGAAAUAUUUGGGGAAGAAGGGCCUACCGGUCCCAAAUUGAAAAGAAACUGGACUGGAGAUGAAGUCUGAAUGUAGAUCAGAUGCUUUAAGUUCUUUUCAACGGGCAGUGAAUGAAGGGUGAUUUGUGCUGUUAUAAAACCCUGUUGAUAAAGCUUCAUUGUUGGAUGUAUAUUUGUUUACAAAUAAAUUAAAUAAUUUGGAAAUCAAGAAA